AGGGAUCGUAUGGGAUCUGCAGCAUCCGUUCUUUCGGUACGCCAGGGAUUGGGGGUGAUUCAAUUGGCUACUAUUAUAUUCUUCGAGGUGUGCGGCGGACCGUAUGGUAUCGAGCCCCUCAUCUCAAGCGGCCGCCCUUUGCAUGCAAUUGUUGGGUUGAUAAUCAUGCCCAUCGUGUGGUCGAUUCCCAUAGCGCUUGUAACGGCAGAGCUCUCAUCUCAAUAUCCUGAAACGGGCGGACAAGUGAUGUGGUGCCACCGAUCAUUCGGACUGAAGUGGACGUACAUACAGGGAUAUAUGUCAUUUUUCGGAAAUUUGCUGGACACGGCUGCAACACCCGUGAUGGUGCUGGACUACAUGGAGGUCGUUACAGGCGAACGGUCAUCCCUCGAAAGAUUUGCGGCUGGAUUCACUGCACUUGUUUUCAUCACGUACCUAAAUAUUCGAGGGGUUGAGAUGGUCGGUACAGCAAGCGUAGUCUUUGCGUUUUUGUGCAUAUCUCCAUUCAUUCUGUUCGUUGCCCUGGGCAUCAAGUACAUCGAUACCUCGAUUUGGGCCAUUUCGGAUGAAUUUGACUUCAAACCAUUCUCCUUCGACAGCAAAUUCGCCACCUUCCUGACGUGCUUAGUUUGGAACACCAGUGGAUACGAUAUGGCCGGCGCUUGUGCCGGAGAGGUCGAGAAUCCAAAAAAAGUUUACCCGAAGGCCCUCCUAAUAACCGUGACCUUGGUGUCGCUGAUCUACAUCGCCCCGUUAAUGAUAGGCGUAUGUGUUCCCGGUGCGAUGGAUUACGAUCUAUGGGAGGAUGGAUACUUCGGCACCGGUGUCGCACUCGCAUUGGGUGGACCAUGGUUUGCUGUGGUGAUGGGUGUUGUGGGCGCAAUGGCCAGUCUCGGUCAGCUCAAUUCGCUUUUGCUGGGUAGUUCCAGGGAGCUUUACUGCAUGAGCAAUCUGGGACUGACGCCUCAAAUCCUCGAUCGAGUCCAUCCUAAGUUCCUCACACCCCAUUACUCGGUGUUGUUUUUCUCAGCGUGUGUGGCCCCUCUGAUUCUCUUCGACUUCGACACUCUAGUAGAGGUCUCGACUUUUCUGGAUAGUAUAGCAUUUGUUAUAUUCUUCGCAUCGUAUCUGAAAUUGAAGUCCGAAACGCAUAAAACAUUGGAGAUGAGAGAAUCAGGGGCUGUCUUCUCCGCGAAUGAUCAAGAAUUGCUUCUGGGCAGGAACAUAGAUGACGGGUUUCAGGUGCCCGGGGGUAUGACUGGAGGAAUCGUUAUAUGUAUUCCGCCAAUGCUAGUAUGUGUGCUGGUGGUUCUUGUUUGCUCGGUGACUACGUGGAUCGCCUGUGUGUCCGUAGUGGCACUCAUGUUCAUUGUAUGGAUGGCCUGGCUGGGCCCUCGCCUCAGCCACAAGUCGAGUUAACCUUGGAGUCGGUCCAUUCAGCAUAAAAUAAGCUGAAGCUGCGAUGCGACCAUGGGAAGAUUUUAUAUUCCGGCACUCUCUGCCUGGAAUAUGCGAGAGCUUCUCAAUCACGAGACCGACAUAUGCAUACGCCAAUAUAGAGGCACGGGACGCCAUCUUAGCCUGUACAAGAACCCCAACCGAGCCCAGGCGUAAAAACAUUUCGUGCGGCCCAACUCAGAUCCCAACACCGCGGCUGCUACUCUCACGAUGAGCUUGUAAUCACAUAUGAGCACACCGAUGUGCGAGUCAGCCAGAAAAAGUAGAGCACACAUGUGCAAACAGUCCAUAACGCUCCAAGGAAUUGCGGUGCCAUUUGAACUCUUAACUGGAGAACGUGAAUCUCGUCUCCGCUCGUGUCGCCACAUGAUGUCUCCCCCAAAAGCGGGUGAUAAAAGUGGGGGGAGGUCUUUCAAAACAGCUGUGCUCAAAUGCUAGACACGUGGCCGUCGGUACCAAUAAAAUCUCGAAUGAAAUUCAUC